AAAUUAUUUUUGUUUUGAAGCUGUCAUUUUAAUUUUGCAUAUUGAUAAGAAAAUCUGACUUUCAUUUUAAAGCGAAUAAGAAGAGUCACAUGAUCUGUUCAAAAUGGCGAACCUUGAUAUAAGAUUGAAGAAAAUUAACAAAAUAUACAAAGAAGGGGAUGUCAUCGCUGGUGUUGUAGUGGUUCAAAGCAAAGGAGAACUGCAGCAUCAAGGGAUAACAUUAGUUAUGGAAGGAAUGGUUAACUUACAGCUUAGUGCUAAAAGUGUUGGACUUUUUGAAGCAUUUUACAAUUCUUUAAAGCCUAUACAACUUCUUCAUUACUCCCUGGAGGUAGCCAAACCUGGGAAAUUCCCUUCUGGCAACACAGAAAUACCAUUUGAGGUUCCUCUCAAACCUAAAGUUGGCAAAACCCUCUAUGAAACUUACCAUGGAGUAUUUGUUAAUAUCCAGUAUCUUGUUAGAGUUGAAAUGAAAAGAUCUUUACUCAACAAAGAUCUACAAAAGCAAACAGAGUUUAUCAUUGAAUAUAAGACUCAAGAUGAAAAAGCCAAAACUAAAUUAAUUAACUUUACCAUCACACCUGAAACCUUGACAAAUGUAAAAGAGAAACAAAAUGUUCCAAAAUUUAAAGUCAAAGGUCAUAUUGAUUCUUCAUGUUUACAAAUAACAAAACCUUUAACAGGAGAGUUAAUUGUAGAACAAUGUGAAGCUCAAAUCAAGUCCAUUGAAAUACAACUUGUUCGAGUAGAAACCUGUGGAUGUGCAGAAGGCUUUGCAAAAGAUGCCACUGAGAUACAGAACAUCCAAAUAGCUGAUGGAGAUGUGGCUCGUAACAUGGCUAUUCCAAUCUACAUGGUUUUUCCUAGAUUGUUUACAUGUCCGUCACUAUCAACAAAUAAUUUUAAAGUUGACUUUGAGAUCAACAUUGUUGUGGUGUUUGUGGAUGAUCAUCUUGUGACAGAAAAUUUCCCUCUUAAAUUGACACGAUUUUAAUGUUCACAUGUGAUCACACUUUAAAACAAAUACAUUUCUUGAAGAAGAAAAAACUUCCCAACUUUGUAUUAUACACACAAGCUAUUUAAAAAGAAAAAAAUGUAUAUGAAAAGGAUGACAAGAAUUAUAAUAACUUAUAAGAUUCUAUAACUUUUUAACAUUUGCAAUACCCAUGUUUGAAAAUGAGAAAAAAUAUGAAAUUAAAAUUUUAACAAAAAGAUUAUUAUAAUUUGUCAAAAUGGAAAAAAAAUAAAUUUUUUUAUCUAAUUAAGUUUGCUAGUCCGAAGAUGUUGAAAAAUGUUGUGCAUGUAAAUAUUGUUAUUGUUGCUGUGCUUAUCUGGCACAUCAAAGUAGUAUCACAGGGCUAUAUAAGUACUGAUACCUUGAUGGUAUAGGACUCGAUUGUUUGAACAAAAGGCUGUUGUUAACAUUUUAAUGAGAAUCUUUUUAACUGUUAUAAUAAUGUGUAUAUUUUUUUUUAACUUGAUGUUACCAGUAAAAUGCUAUUUGUUAUAAGAAAUGUUUAUUAUUGCCCCCAUGUAUAUUUAUUAUUUAAAAUUGCAUUUAUAAUAAAUGAUAUAUUUCAUUUUGAUUUAUAUAUUCUGAUUACCUUAGCUGCUAUUAUUAAAUCAGUAGGGGAAUCCUUGUUUGUAACCAUGAAUGAAAAAACUAAAAGGAAUUGUUGUACAAUUUCUUACAUUCUAAAUAACAAAACUGCAUAAACCUUCACUUCACACACACUUUUGUGAAUAAAUAUCCACUUGAAAGCUUGAGUUAGCCUUUAAUAUUAUCACCCAUCUCCCUCAAAUGUCCACUUGAAAGCUUGAGUUAGCCUUUUAAUAUAAUCACCCAUCUCCCCCCUCCCCCUCUAUUUGUUUCAUAUCUACUUAAAUGUCUUCAGCCAUAUAGCACAAUUUGUUGAUCAGGUAAAAGUGCAAAAGUUAUCCCAAGGCUUUAAUUAUCAACGUGGCAUUAUUUUGAAAUGAGAUUUUAAAAGAUGAGCUACCUAUUUUUUUUCCUUGCCAUAAAAUGAAGCAGGUUGAAAAAUAACACAAUAACCCAGGCAGUAUAAUUAUAAAACUAAGUCAAAUUACUUUGAACACAAUGUGUCAUCUAAUUAGUAGCUUCAACUACAGUGUAAAAAUAAAAUGUAUUGAAAGAACUGAA